AUGUCAGCCCCGCUGUCCUCCAUGCCAGCGUACAAAGCAAGUGUGGACUGCNCAGGAAUGCCAACUGGCGCUGCCGGUAGCGCAACCGCACGCGCUACCAACCACGCCGCCCCUUUAGACAAGGCAGACCACGCGGGGCGUAGAUGCCUCCCCAUGAGCUCUCGGCGCACCUCCUCGUGGUUUACGUGUGGCGUGUGUGUGGCGUGCCCUCGCUCUGGCUAGCUGUGCUGUACAACUCCUUUGCGUGCGGGUUCGGGAUGUUUCCUAUCCUCCCCUACACGACUAGACCGUCUGUUCAGCUCGAUAAAAAAAAAAAGAAGGAUAAAAUGAUCAAUCAAUGAUCACUCAGACCGGCCGAAGACUCC